CGAGCAGGUGGUACCCAUUACCGUCUUCGUGGCUCUUCUCUGCCUCUGUUUAGUCGUUGGACAUUUGUUAGAAGAUAAUCGAUGGUUCAACGAGUCCAUUGCCGCCAUCUUCAUCGUACUAUACAUCUCCAUCAUUUCCCCUUUUCAACAAUAUCUAUCUAUCUAUCGAUUUCUAUAUAUGUGCAAGAAAAGAAAGAUAAUAACUUUCGUGUUUGUACGAUUGAUAAUCGUGUUAUCUUAAUCUAUUUUGUUGCAUUGAUUAAUAAGGGGUUUAUUGCGGGGACAGUCAUUUUGUUGAUUAGAAAGGGGAAAAGCUCUCACAUACUCAGAUUCAAUGAAGAGCUGUUCUUUAUAUAUCUGCUUCCACCGAUUAUAUUCAAUGCCGGGUUCCAGGUCAAGAAGAAACACUUCUUCCAAAAUUUCUUAACUAUUAUGCUGUUUGGAGUUGCUGGGGUUUUCAUAUCAACAAGCAUAAUUAGUACAGGCAGUUGGUUGCUCUUCUCAAUGCUCGAUAUUGUUGGCUUGACUGUUCGAGACUAUCUCGCUAUUGGUGCCAUAUUUUCGGCAACAGACACCGUUUGUACAUUGCAGGCGAGUUAA